GCAUUUUUCUUUGUGCUCCUGCGUCCACACCCUAAAACACAAAGACACAGGUUUAGCGUUCUCUACGCCCUUUUUUUUCUUGCUAUUACUGUCACCGCCUCUUGUGCAGUCACCACUGUUUUGCGUGGCCAUUUGUGUAAGGAAUUUCAUAAGCCGACUCCUAGCUCAAAUGUUUCGCUACUGCUUUGCUCUUCGCUGCGCCGCGCAGCCGGUUGUGAUGGCAGCGCAGGCGGGACGCGUGGUGACCCUCACGAUCAAUCGCCCCACUCAGCUGAACGCGCUCAACAAGGCGGUAUCGGAGUGUCUGAUGGCCAACCUGGAGAAAUUCGACAAGGACCCGUCCUGCAGCGUCUUCAUCAUCACCGGCGCGGGACGCGCGUUUGUGGCCGGCGCCGACAUCAAGGAGAUGAGAAGCCGCGACUUCAGCGAACGUCUCAUAUCUGACGACUUCGCAGCACUGGGGCGCAUCGGCGGCAUUGCGAAGCCGAUCAUCGCCGCCGUCAACGGCUUCGCGCUCGGCGGCGGGUGCGAGCUCGCCAUGUCGUGCGACAUCAUCCUCGCCAGCGACAAGGCGAAGUUUGGCCAGCCGGAGAUCACCCUCGGUACGAUCCCUGGACUGAGUGGCACGCAGCGCCUGCCGCGCCUGAUUGGCAAGACGCGCGCCAUGGAGUGGGUGCUGACGGGUGCCACCUACACGGCCGACGAGGCGGCGCGAGCCGGCUUGGUGGCGCGCGUCGUGAAGCACGAGGAGCUCAUGUCCACUGCGCUUGCAAUGGCAGAGAAGAUCGCCGGUUACAGCCAGGUCACCACAAAGUUGGCAAAGAUGGCCGUUAACGCGUCACAGGAAGGCUCGCUGCACACGGGCGUUGACUACGAACACUUCAUUUUCAACUCCACCUUUGCCACGCAUGACUGCAAGGAGGGCAUGUCAGCCUUCGUUGAGAAGCGCGCCGCGAAGUUUGAGAACCGGUAA